UCCCAGCCUGACGUCAAGAGGAGCUCUCCAUAGCCUUGGUGCUGAAGCAUAAAUAUGGCAGACUGUGUGCACUGGGAGUGAGAGUCAUUAUGAGGGUACUGACCAGCUAACGCUGCCAGUCGGAGUGGGGGGCACCCGUGCCAGCUCUGGACAAGGCUCAGGGCGAAUACAAUGUCUCUGCUGUGCGUAGGAGUGAAAAAGGCGCAGUUUGAUGGCGCUCAAGAAAAGUUUAAUGCUUACGUAACCCUAAAAGUACAAAAUGUAAAGAGCACAACAAUAGCAGUACGGGGGAACUUGCCCUGCUGGGAACAGGACUUUAUGUUUGAAAUUAAUAGGUUAGAUCUUGGCCUGACGGUGGAAGUGUGGAACAAGGGGUUGAUCUGGGACACGAUGGUGGGAACUGUAUGGAUUCCGCUCAGUAACAUUCGUCAGUCUAACGAGGAGGGUCCUGGAGAAUGGUGGACACUUGACUCUCAAGUCAUAAUGACAGACAAUGAAAUCUGUGGAACCAAAGAUCCGACGUUUCAUCGCAUCUUGCUGGACACGCGAUUUGAGCUUCCUCUUGAUAUUCCUGAAGAGGAAGCUCGCUACUGGGCCAAGAAACUUGAGCAACUCAAUGCCAUGAGAGUUCAGGAUGAUUAUGUAUUUCAAGAGGAGCAGGAUGAUCCCCUUCCCAACCAUCGUUCUCAGUGCUGUAUACCUGAUUACUUUGGCUGGGGAGAACAACGUAAUAAUGAGGAUCCUGACAGUGCCAUGGAUGAUCGUGAUAGUGAUUAUCGCAGUGAGACCAGCAACAGUAAUCCACUCCCCUACUACUCCACAGCUCAGCCUAACGCCUCUGUGCAUCAGUACCCUAUACGUCAGCAACAAAACUCCCAUGGUUCCUGCACAGACUCUGUGAACAGCUGCGAGAUGGACUACUCAGACCAUCGGCCAAUCAGGCGUUACAAUAGUGCAGACUCUGCCACUAACGGGCGCAGUGAUGUGGAGUCUGUCUCCGGUUCAAGUCGCCUCACCAGCCGGCAGCACUCUCUGGAGAGCCGGCAAUCACUUGACCUUUCCGAUAGCCCCAUGGGAAGCAGCCGAUAUGCCUCAUCAGAUGAUAUCAGCCAGUGCUCCUCCCAGCUGUCUGACGAUUUUGACCCAGAGAACUACAGCAUACAAGGCUCAGAGAUAGAAGAUGAAAGAGACAGAGACUCAUAUCACUCCUGCCACAGCUCAGUCAGCUACCAGAAGGACUCUCCAAAUUGGGACGAAGAAGAGGGCCCUGAAGAUUUUGGAGAAGAUGAAGAAGAAGUUGGUUACCCUGACAGAGGGGGGCACAUGUUUGACAGUGACGUAUACGAUGAUGAUGAAAUUCCGGUGCAAGAAGAACAAAGACGUUUAAGUUAUGGGAAAGAGGAGGCAGGAUACUUAUCUGAAGAAAAGGCAAAGACCCCACCGGAAAUUCCAGUGGAGAAAGAAAAUACCCCAGAAGCUGUACCCGAAAAGAUUGAAAUUCAAGCAGUGCCUGAAGAGGAGGAGCCCUUAGCAGUUGAGAGUUACAGGGAAGAGAUCUCCAGCGCAGCAAGAGCAAAGGCUAAUUGGUUGAGGGCAUUCAACAAGGUGCAGUUGCAACUUCGAGAGGCAAGAGGAGAGGGGAGUGGACAGAUGUCCAAGUCUCUGUGGUUUAAAGAUGGGCCUGCUGGUGGCCUCAUAAUUAUUGACAGUAUGCCAGAUAUACGGAAGAGGAAGCCAAUACCUUUGGUCAGUGAUUUGGUAAGUUCCCUGGUCCAAUCGCGGAAAGCAGGGAUAACAUCUGCACUUGCAACAAGCACCUUAAACAAUGAAGAGCUAAAAAACCAUGUUUACAAAAAGACGCUGCAAGCUUUAAUAUACCCGAUCUCCAGCACAACCCCCCACAACUUUGAAGUGUGGACUGCCACUACACCCACAUACUGCUACGAAUGUGAGGGACUCCUGUGGGGCAUUGCCAGGCAGGGAAUGCGAUGUACGGAGUGUGGAGUCAAGUGCCACGAAAAGUGCCAGGACCUUCUGAAUGCCGACUGUCUACAGAGGGCAGCAGAAAAAAGCUCAAAGCAUGGGGCAGAAGAUCGAACACAGAAUAUAAUCAUGGUCUUGAAGGACCGCAUGAAGAUCAGAGAGAGAAACAAGCCAGAAAUAUUUGAGCUAAUCCAGGAAGUGUUUGGAGUUUUGAAGGCCACGCAUGCUCAACAGAUCAAAGCGGUGAAACAGAGUGUGUUAGACGGCACCUCUAAAUGGUCAGCCAAGAUUAGCAUCACUGUGGUGUGUGCUCAAGGUUUGCAAGCCAAGGAUAAGACGGGUUCCAGUGAUCCAUAUGUUACUGUCCAGGUGGGAAAAACCAAGAAAAGAACCAAAACCAUCUACGGAAAUCUUAACCCUGUCUGGGAGGAGAAUUUCCACUUCGAAUGCCACAACUCGUCAGACCGUAUUAAGGUUCGCGUAUGGGAUGAAGAUGAUGAUAUAAAAUCACGUGUAAAGCAGAGGUUCAAACGGGAGUCUGAUGACUUCCUAGGGCAGACAAUCAUUGAAGUUCGGACCCUGAGUGGAGAGAUGGAUGUGUGGUACAACCUAGAUAAGCGCACAGACAAAUCUGCGGUAUCUGGUGCCAUCCGCCUGCAUAUCAGCGUGGAGAUAAAAGGAGAGGAGAAAGUGGCACCGUAUCAUGUACAAUAUACAUGUCUGCACGAGAACCUAUUCCAUUUCCUAACGGACGUACAGAAUAAUGGAGUGGUGAAGAUUCCAGAUGCGAAAGGGGAUGACGCCUGGAAAGUUUACUUUGACGAGACUGCUCAGGAAAUUGUGGAUGAGUUUGCAAUGAGAUAUGGAGUGGAGUCCAUAUACCAAGCCAUGACUCAUUUUGCCUGCCUUUCUUCUAAGUAUAUGUGUCCUGGAGUACCAGCCGUGAUGAGCACCCUUCUAGCCAACAUUAAUGCCUACUAUGCGCACACCACAGCGUCCACAAACGUGUCUGCCUCAGAUCGCUUCUCUGCCUCCAACUUUGGAAAGGAGAGAUUUGUGAAGCUGCUCGAUCAACUGCACAAUUCUUUGCGUAUUGAUUUAUCCAUGUACCGGAAUAAUUUCCCUGCUAGCAGCCCAGAGAGACUCCAAGACCUCAAAUCUACUGUUGAUCUUCUUACUAGUAUAACAUUCUUCAGGAUGAAGGUCCAAGAGUUGCAAAGUCCCCCGCGGGCCAGCCAAGUGGUGAAGGACUGCGUAAAAGCGUGUCUUAACUCUACUUAUGAAUACAUUUUCAAUAACUGUCACGAAUUAUAUAGUCGAGAAUAUCAAAGUGAUCCUGCAAAGAAAGGUGAAUUGCCUCCUGAUGAGCAAGGUCCAAGUAUCAAGAACCUGGAUUUUUGGUCCAAACUUAUUACAUUGAUUGUGUCCAUCAUAGAAGAAGAUAAAAAUUCAUAUACGCCAUGCCUGAAUCAGUUUCCACAGGAGCUAAAUGUUGGUAAGAUUAGUGCUGAAGUCAUGUGGAGUCUCUUUGCACAGGAUAUGAAAUAUGCCAUGGAAGAGCAUGACAAGCAUCGCCUCUGUAAGAGCGCUGACUACAUGAACUUACACUUUAAGGUCAAGUGGCUGUACAAUGAAUAUGUUACUGAGCUUCCAUCGUUCAAGAGUAAAGUUCCAGAAUACCCAGCCUGGUUUGAGCCAUUCGUUAUCCAGUGGUUGGAUGAGAAUGAAGAAGUGUCCCGAGACUUCCUACAUGGAGCCUUAGAGAGAGAUAAAAAAGAUGGGUUCCAGCAGACCUCAGAACAUGCACUGUUUUCCUGCUCUGUGGUGGAUGUCUUCUCACAACUUAACCAGAGUUUCGAGAUCAUUAAGAAGCUAGAAUGCCCAGACCCACAGAUUGUGGGACAUUACAUGCGCAGAUUUGCAAAGACAAUCAGUAACAUUCUUCUACAGUAUGCUGAGAUAAUCUCCAAAGACUUUGCUUCAUACUGCUCCAAAGAUAAAAAAGAAGAGAAAGUGCCAUGCAUCCUGAUGAAUAACAUUCAACAGCUACGGGUCCAACUGGAGAAGAUGUUUGAAGCAAUGGGUGGGAAGGAGCUGGACCCAGAAACUAGCACCAUUCUAAAAGAUUUGCAGGUAAAACUCAACAAAGUCUUGGAUAAGCUGAGCAGUGUAUUUGCCACCAGUUUCCAGCCACACAUUGAAGAGUGUGUGAAGCAGAUGGGAGAAAUUCUCAGCCAGGUGAAGGGGACAGGCAACGUACCAGCCAGUAAUUGCAGCAGCGUCGCGCAAGAUGCAGACAAUGUGUUACAGCCGAUACUGGAUCCUUUGGACAGCAACCUGACCCUAUUUGCUAAGAUUUGUGAGAAGACUGUGCUGAAACGUGUUCUGAAGGAGCUCUGGAAGCUUGUGAUGAAUACUAUGGAAAAAAUUAUCGUCCUUCCUCCACUGACGGACCAGACGGGGUCCCAUCUCAUAAUGAAUGCUGCCAAUCAGCUGGGACAGCUAUCUAAACUCAAGGAUCACAUGGUUAGGGAGGAGGCAAAGAGCCUGACACCAAAACAAUGUGCAGUGGUGGAGCUCGCCCUGGACACAAUUAAGCAAUAUUUUCAUGCUGGAGGUGUUGGUCUCAAAAAAACAUUCCUCGAAAAAAGUCCAGCACUGCAAUCCCUACGCUAUGCACUGUCUCUAUACACACAGGCUACCGACACACUUAUCCAAACCUUCGUCCAAACACAGUCUGCUCAGGUUCAUGGUGGAAAAGGUAUUAGGUUUACACUUAGUGAAGAGAUUUAUCCAGAAAAGGGAUCCGGAGUGGAUGAUUCAGUGGGAGAGGUUUCUAUCCAUGUCGAGCUGUUCACUCACCCAGGAACGGGGGAGCACAAGAUUAGCGUUAAAGUUGUUGCAGCAAAUGACCUGAAAUGGCAGACCUCUGGGAUUUUCCGUCCUUUCAUCGAAGUUAACAUGAUUGGUCCAAAUUUGAGUGACAAGAAGAGGAAAUUUACAACCAAGUCCAAGAACAACAGUUGGGCCCCAAAAUACAACGAGAGCUUCCAAUUUACCCUGGGCAGUGAACAUGGUCCUGAGUGUUAUGAACUGCAGGUGUGUGUCAAAGACUAUUGUUUUGCGCGUGAAGACAGAACAGUGGGUACAGCUGUAAUGCAACUGCGAGACCUAGCGCAGAAAGGUAGCUGUGCGUGUUGGCUUCCUCUGGGCAGAGGCAUUCACAUGGAUGACACGGGACUGACCAUCUUACGGAUCCUGUCGCAACGGAACAACGAUGAGGUGGCCAAGGAGUUCGUCAAACUUAAAUCUGACACCCGUUCACCUGAGGAAGGCAGCUAAAGCGUUUUGGGUCUGUUUGUUAUCACAUCCCAUUGAGAUCUAGCUAACCCUAUUCACUGCCUUGCGUCCCAGGCCCAAACUGUAUAUAGUUUAAAUAUAUAUGGGGAAAGAAAAGAGAAAAAAAUAAAUAAAAAAUAAAACACAUAUUUAACCAGGUCACUGCCGGCAGUGCUCCUUAAGCAGACGUACUGCUCUGCCUGUCACUACACAAGGAUGGUACCUUACUGGCAGUGACAGGGUUAAUUUGUGCACAAAUAUUAACACACACUAAGGGCUUUGUUCAAAUGUGCCAUUGUGUCAAUGCUCCCCCUGCUUUACCAUAUAGAGUUGAUGAGGUGGGGGAGCCUAAUUCUUUCCUUGUGUCACACUCUGUGGUGUGUUUUAACAGCACCCUAGCAGUUGGAAGAUUAGCAAUUUGAGACCAUGUUCCCUCAUGAAAGGGGUGAAAUUAGCCCCUUAUCCCUCUCCCCGUCCCCUUUGGCCUGUUAAAGUUGCCUGCACCCCAUCCCUGCUGUGUAAAUAGGAUUUCCCUGUACCAGUGUCUUAUUCUGUGCAAUGGUGCUGCAUGGGUAUUAGUUUUAUAAUAAAUAACGACUAUAAACCCAACCCUCAAUACUCAUGGUAGGUCCUGUUCACCUCAUGCCUGGCCUCCUGUAAUGGAUCGGCUGGUCGCCCACUUGCACAGUGUAGCCAAGAGGACACUGCCAGUUGCCUAAAUGUCAGAGUUUGUCUUUCCCUAAAACUGCCCAAUACUUCCAGCACGGAAAGAGAUUAAAUGUAACCCUCUACACCGCCUCCCAACCCCCCGCCCCCUGGGCAGCAAGGGCAAAUCAUUCUCCACACCUGCACAAGGGAUUUGAAUCCCAUCCUUUUUUUAAACGAUUGUGGCAUGUUGUGUUUAAGGAAACAUGCAACACAUGCCCUCCUUCCCUAAAUAUAUUCCCCUAAUGUACAGACAGAUCCCCUCCCUUCUCCUUCCUUUCCCGGGUGCAUGUGGAACAGUUUUGCACUAAUUUGGACAUUUUUGGUCUCUGUAAAAAUAUUUUAUUAUGACAGCCAUUAAAUAAAAAGAAAUAAAUAUGUGUUUGGUGCUUUAGGGUCUAUGUUAUCGUCAAUAUCCUGAUAUCCACAGCUGAGGGUAGUCAAUUCAACCCUUGACCUGUACCUUUUGAAACAAGAUACGUAUAGGUGCUCAUUAUCAAUGGGCAGAGGUCUUUCUUUAACCUGUAUUAGUGGGAAGCUGUUAAAGGAAUGGCCAAGGUGUAUGAUGGUGGCAGAAAUAUAGAAAUAUUAUUGUAAAAUAUAUUUAAUGAAGAUAUAAUAAUUAGCAGAUAUUUGUAUUAAACAAUACAAAAAAAAAGUACAGUACUGAAAGGCAAGCCUGAUUAAGAGUACAUAAAAAGGCAAAAAAAAAUAGCACAAAAUAUAAAGAAUUAUAUAUCGUGGCAGAAAAGACCUGAUUCUUAUUAGGUCCCGUAGCUGUGUGACCAGGUGUACUUGAAAGUUACGAAUGCUUGAUUUCUGGAUACAAUAUUUAUUUUAAAACUGUUAAGUUAUUUUUUUUCCCAUGGAUUCACAGCAGUCUGUCGUUUGAUUUUGUUUCCCAUAAUUUAUGUAACAUUGUAAAAAUUGAUUGCAUUGAGAUUUUGCUCCUUGAUUUUACCGAUACUUUUGUGUCUAUGGAUCUAAUCUGGUAAAUCAGCACCAGUCCAGUACAUAAACCAGACAAAAAAAACAACAAAUGGGAUCAUGGUUCCAAAGGUUGUAUAAUUCCCUUGAAAGAUAUAAAGGAAGGCACAAAAUUGUUUUUGUUUACAUGAAAAUAGCAUGUAAGUAAUAUUGGGAAAUUCUAUUAAAGUCCAAAAAUUACUCGUGCUGUGCGGUAUGACCAACAAGACCAAUGGAAGUGCUGGUUUUAAAUUUUAAUAAAAAAAAUAAAACAAAAAAAACAACAACCCCUUAGAUAUUUUUAUGUUUUCUACCAUCACAAGAGAAAACAGCCAUUUGUGUAAGAACAUAACUCUGCAUGUCAAAGAAAGAUUCUAUUUGCAUAAGAUGAUUAAUUUUGACUGAUACAUGAAUUAAUCACUCCAUAUGACUGUGUAUUGUUUAACCCUCGGCGCACCAAGAUUAAGAUUAUUUUCUUAUUAUUAAUUUAAAGUGUUACAAAACAAUAGAAGAAGACAGCCACUGUC